GCGAGAUUAUCAGAAUUAAAGCAAUUGUCUUGUAAAAUCUUUUCAACUGUGUAUAAUCCAACAUGUGCACGUACAGGAAAUAAGAUCCUUCGACAACGAUUACUAGGACCUACUUUGACAGGCUAUCAUCCCAAACCACUUGUUCACUUUAGAGAUAUUCAAGCAUUAUAUCCUCAACUUGGCUUGAUUGAUGUGGACGAAAAAGCACGUCUUGAUGAGAUCGCUAGAAGAAAGAGAAGAGGAAAGGGAGCGCCCAAGAAGGGUAAGUUAAGA